UGUAGAUUCAACUACGUACUACAUGAACAACAUGAGCAACACAAGCAAGAAAACAACCAUUCAACUGUUCAGUUUCUAUUUUUAUUUAUAAAGCCCUCUUUUACAGUUUAAAGUUCAUGUAGGACUCUUCUUUCAUGGCUGUUUCAUCCAUUGUGAGCAUUUUCGCAGCAGAGAAAAGAUAUUCCAUUCCACCAGUGUGUAAACUCCUUGCCUCUCCAGUGCUGAAUCCUCUGUACGAUGCAAAGGCCGAGUCUCAGAUCAAUGCGUGGUGCGCCGAGUUUCUGAAGUUGCAACCUGGAAGCGAGAAAGCUGUGUUUGUUCAAGAAAGCAGGCUUGGAUUGCUCGCGGCUUAUGUUUACCCGACCAUUCCAUACGAGAAGAUUGUUCCGGUUGGAAAGUUCUUCGCUUGGUACUUUCUUGCAGAUGACAUUCUGGAUAGCCCGGAGAUCUCCUCGUCGGACAUGAGGAAUGUGACAACUGCAUACAAGAUGGUUUUAAAGGGAAAAUUCGACGAGGCCACGCUUCCAGUGAAAAAUCCGGAGCUGCUGAGGCAAAUGAAGAUGUUAUCUGAGGUCUUGGAAGAAUUGUUCCUCCAUAUAGUGGAUGAAUCAGGCCGAUUCGUGGAUGCUCUGACCAAGGUGCUCGACAUGUUUGAGAUUGAAUCGAGCUGGCUUCGCAAGCAAAUCAUUCCCAACUUGGAUACGUACCUCUGGCUGAGAGAGAUCACAUCUGGUGUUGCUCCUUGCUUUGCUCUGAUUGAUGGUUUACUGCAACUUAGGCUGGAGGAGCGUGGCGUGCUGGAUCAUCCUCUCAUACGCAAGGUUGAGGAGAUUGGGACGCACCACAUUGCGCUCCACAAUGACAUGAUCUCGUUCAGGAAGGAGUGGGCGAAAGGAUACUACCUCAAUGCCGUGCCCAUUCUCGCCAGCAAUUGUAAGUGUGGCUUGAACGAGGCAAUUGGCAAGGUUGCGAGCAUGGUGGAGGAUGUGGAGAAGGAUUUCGCCCAGACAAAGCAUGAGAUCGUUUCAAGUGGGCUUGCCAUGAAGCAAGGAGUCAUGGACUAUGUGAACGGGAUAGAGGUGUGGAUGGCCGGAAACGUAGAAUGGGCAUGGACGAGCGCUAGAUACCAUGGAAUUGGGUGGAUCCCUCCUCCAGAAAAAUCAGCGACCUUCCAACUCUAGAUUGUUGCUCAAAUAGUAAUUAAUAAUUUCUCUCAUGGAGUGUUUUAGAAAUUCAUAUCUAAGCAGUGUUUUCGUCCUGAACAAGCAAAUUGAAAUGCACGGUAGAUGUGGUAACAUCAAGCAUGCAGCUCAGAUCUUCCAUGGUAUGGCCAAGAGGGACAAGUUCAGUUGGGAUCUUUUGCUGGUUGCCUUCUGCAAAAACGGGCAUUUUGAUGAAGCGCGAAGGCUCUUCAGCUGCAUGCCGUGCUGGAGUCUCGUGUCAUUUACUGCUAUGAUUUCUGUUGCCUCCCAGAGAGGCCAAAGCAAGAAAUACAAUCUGUUACAAACUUGAUGCCAGAGCACGAUCUUUUCUCUGUAAACGCGGUGCUUUUUGCCUUUGCCGAAAAUGGGCAU